UGCCCGCCGCCCGGCAUGGAGCAGGCCUGCGAAGUGAGCCGCCGCAGCUGCCUCGUCCCCUUCGGCACCUCGCUGUCGGCCGCCGAGCCCAAGGGCGGCCCCUUCGGCGAGGCCCGCGGCCCCGAGCCGCCCGCCAUGCAGCUGGCGGCCGCCAAGCCCGGCUACGGCCAGGACCCGUCGUCCUGCUACAUCCCGCUGCGCCGGCUGCAGGACUUGGCUUCCAUGAUCAACGCCGAGUACCUCGGCGGUGCCGCCGACGGCGCUGAGGCCAUGCCCGACCCUGGCUCGCCGGGGCCCCGCCUGCCCGCGGCGCAGGACCCUGCGGCCGAGGUGCCCCGCGGGGCCCGGGCCUUCCCCCUGCUCCUGCGGGACGCUGGAGAGGAGGCGCUGGAGGAGGAGGAGGAGGGCGCCGAGACUCCGGAGGAGGAGGAGGAGGACGACGACUACGACGACGACGACUACGAGGAAGAGGAGGAGGACGACGACGACGACGAGGAGGAGGAGGAGGCGGCGACAGAGCCCGGCCCGCGGAGCCGCGGCCGCUCCGCUGCGCAGCGGGGCCCCGACAGCCGCCUGCAGCCGGCCGAGUCCGUGCCGGACGGCGGCCCCGGGGAGCAGCCGGAGUCCUCGGCCGCCCUGCAACUCAUCCCAGCCAAGAAGAAACCUCCAGUGAAGUAUGAAGUUGGGGAUCUUGUUUGGGCCAAGUUCAACAGACGCCCAUGGUGGCCAUGCACAGUUUGUCAUGACCCAGUGCUGGACUGUCACUCAAAAAUGAAAGUUUCCGGUGGGAGACCAUACCGAGAGUACUAUGUGGAUGCCUUAGGAGAACCUUCAGAGAAAACUUGGGUUGCUGGAAAAGCUGUUGUCCUCUUUGAAGGGAGACAUCAGUUUGAAGAGCUGCCUGUUCUCCGGAAAAGAGGAAAGCAAAAGGAAAAAGGAUACAAAAAUAAGGUUCCUCAGAGAUUUAGGGCUAAAUGGGAAGUCAGUGUUGGACAGGCAGAAGAUAUUCUUCUCGGGGGGCCAGAGGAUCAGAAGUGCAGCCAGAACUCCAGUGAGCCAGACAGCGAGAAGGACGAGAAGGACGUGCAGUUGGAAUACUACACCAAUGGCCCUGGAGCAGAAAGGGACACACAACUGAACGGCUGCUUUAAAUCCUUGGCUUUUGACUCCAUACAUGUGGCCAGUGAAAAAGGAAAAUUGCACAUCAAGCCACACAUGAAAACAACCUCUGAAAGCAGAAAAAGGACUAAAGUAAAAAAGAGUUGUGCAAGAGGGGAAGCAUCGAGGGAAGAAAUCAAAGACAAAACACCAGAGAGCAUAGUUAGAAAAGUGAUUGUUGGGGACCUACCAGAGAAACACGCAUCUCAUGAGCUUCGCCGGAUUGCUAACAGCCUGACAGCAUCCAGUAGCACCAGGGAAAACCAUUUGCUUUCCUCCUUUGGAGAACGACGUUUUGAAAAGACACCUCAAAAACCAGACUAUGAGAAUCGUAAAAGUGAUGCUCUGAAAAACACCCUCCAAGGAGAUUUGUUUUCCAGCCCAUCUUUUGAGAGAGAGAAAAGCUCCCUGGGCAUUUUGUGCAGUUCCAAGUUACAAAUACACUAUUCUGCAUCUGAUGCUGAUGUUGAGAAAAAACAAACUGAAUCAGAUUCAUCUUCUUCCCUCUCUGAUGGUGGAAAUAGUGAUAUAGAUACCAUGGACCAAAGUUCAGAGAGAGCCUCUAGUACUGUUGAAGUUAGUGAUUCUUCAGAUAAAGUGGAGAAGGACUUUCCUAUGACAUCAAGUGAAAACAUUAAACUUUCCAUGUAUCUUUCUCAGAAGAGCAGCAGAAGGGCCAGGAAGAAGUCGCACAGAGAUCGCAAAGCUCUGGGAGGUUCAGUAACCAACAGACUUGAUGCUGAAUUUGUGGAUGGGGAGCUUGAAGUAGGUUUGUCUGAUGCUGAGAUGUCAUUGACACCUCUUGAGUGCUCUUCAGAUGUGAGAAAUUACAGUCUUUCCCUAGCAAACAAGCACACUACCCCACAAAGUGUUUCCAAGGACAGCUCCUGGCCUGCUGUUACAAAUCAAGCAAUCUUGAAACAGAAAAGCGUGAAAUUACCCCGAAUCAGGAGUAUAAAAUGUAAACAUAAAGAAAAGGUUGCUGGGUUGGAGCCUUCUCUUGUGGAAGAGGAGGGUGGUGUGAAUCGCUCUUCCUCAGAUACCAAAGGUUUCUCUGGCCUUUCAAGAGAUUCUCUUCAGAGAAGUGGAAAAGUUGAUGGUCAGAAACUGUUAAACAACAUGCAUGAGAAACCCAGGGAUUCUGCUGAAAUCGAAACAGCCGUGGUGAAGCACGUUCUGUCAGAGUUGAAGGAACUGUCCUAUCGGUCCAUGAAUGACGAUGCCAGUGACUCUGGCACUCCAAAGGCCACAGUACCUUUGCUUUUCACUUCUACUUCUGGUCAUGGUCGUUUGCCUAUUGAACCAGAUUACAAAUUCAGCACCUUGUUAAUGAUGUUGAAGGAUAUGCAUGACAGUAAGACAAAAGAGCAGCAACUGAUGACUGGUCAAAAUAUAGUCCCAUUUCGUAAUACCAGCACGGGUGAUGGUUCUGAAAGCAAUUCUGCAAGUGGUCUCAAGUCUUUGUCUAUUGUAGGUCCUCCAUAUAAAAUAGAAAAAAACGGAGAUUGUGUCCAGGAAAGAGUAACUCCAAACUCUGCUAUAAGCAACUCCUCAUUUUCACGUGGUCCUCCAACCAAGUUGACAGGGAUUGGUACUGGUAAAAGGGAGCCUGCGAGUGCUGCUGUUUCUGGGACAAACGGCACAAAUUGCAUGUCCAAACGCAACUGUUCAAAAUCUAAGCAGUCAUCAAAGUUUGGAGAUAAAACAGUUUCAAACAGAAAGGACUUAAAACCAGGAGGGCCAAGUAAGUUGCUAAGUCGGUUACCCAGAGAUUCAGGAGAACAUGCAUUCCGUGUGCACAGUUCGGUUACCAGUCCUCUAGGGAAUGAGGCAGAAGAUGCUGAGAGGAAAGAGUUUAUUGAUUUAACAGAGCAGUCAACUGAUGAAGACUCUGCCUGUUUAUCUGAUGACAAUUUAGGUCGUAUUGGAAGGAGACCUGAAGCUGGUAGAAAUAAAGAGAGCUGCAAUUCUGCUGAAAAUGGGGAGAGUCCAGACUUGGAUUCAGAGGCAAAUAGUGAGAGCUCUCUUGGUGAUGAGUCUAAUGAUAUCAAUCACGUAGCACCCAAAAAGCGAUGGCAGCGUUUUAACCAAAGCAGUGCUAGAUCUAAUAAGCACAUCAGUAGAUCUAGGGAACAAGGAAACUUGGAGAGUGCCUUUGGCCUGAAAUCUCGAGGCUUUUCACUGAAGGGAAAUGAGUGCUUGGGAAGUAGGCAUUCCCCUCAUUCAAAGGUGCUUGAGGGAGACUUGGCAGUUCAGGACUUUGAGAAUCGUUUAGACUUAGUUGAUAAACGUUUGAAUGUAUGUGGUAAGCCAAACACCAGUGUGAUGGACUCAGAAACAGAGCUUGGCAACUUUGCUCCCCAGUCUGAAUUCUCUGCACAAGCACAUUCAGAGAGGAAGCGCCUUAGAAAGCCAAGUAAACGGCUUCUGGAAUAUGCAGAAGAAUAUGAUCACUUGUUUGCACCCAAGAAAAAAUCAAAGAAGAGCCAGGAGCAAUUACAGAAGGUGAAUUCUGUGGCGAGGUCUGAAUUUGAAGGAGGAGUUCCUGCCCAAUGCAGUCCUGACAGAGAUACCCAGCGGGGGCCGAGUUCUUUGGUUUCAACUCCAUCUUCAACCAAAGAGUCCCCUCCCGUCCUUGAAGCAGAGUGUUCCUUCUCAGAACUAGGAUCCCACUCCACUGAUCCCCCUAGUCAAGCUCAAAGAGGAUCUUCAGAUUUUCCAGAGGUGGUGGUUCUGUCUUCCUCAGAUGUUUCUGAAGUUUCUGCUUCUCCAGAUGCAGAAGAGGGAUUCCUGAUAUCAGGAAACUUCGAAAGCAAGCGUCAAAGGAAGCCCACUAAAAAGCUCUUGGAAUCCAAUGACUUGGACACUGCCUUUAUGCCAAAGAAGGAGGAAUGGACUCCCCAAAAGAAGGGUACUGGCCCUUCAGAGAGUGACAGCUCUGAGCUCUACUCACCGGCCCACUUCCAGGACCUGGGAGAAGCUUCUGAAAAGCUCUUGGAGAAACAGCGAAAGCGGAAGAGACAGCGCCAUACCUCUGCUGCAGUCCAUUCCAAGAAGGAGAAAAAUGAGGAGGGGCUGGGGGAGACCCCGCACUCUGAGGGGGAAACAUCAGUUCAUGGGACUGCUGCAAGCCCCAAAGAGGGUCAUGAGGAGGGGUCAGAGAAUGACCAUGGAGUGCCUUCAUCCAAAAAGAUACAGGGAGAGCGUGGAGGAGGAGCAGCUCUCAAGGAGAAUGUGUGUCAGAUCUGUGAGAAGCCAGGGGAGUUGCUGCUGUGUGAGGCGCAGUGCUGUGGUGCUUUCCACCUGCAGUGCCUUGGGCUCUCCGAGAUGCCAAAGGGCAAAUUCAUCUGCAAUGAGUGUUCCACAGGGGUCCACACCUGCUUUGUGUGCAAGAGCUGCGGGGAGGAUGUGAAGCGGUGCUUGCUGCCCCUCUGUGGGAAGUACUACCACGAAGCCUGCAUCCAGAAAUACCCACCCACAGUCAUGCAGAACAAGGGCUUCCGCUGCUCCCUGCACAUCUGCAUGACCUGCCAUGCUGCUAACCCAGCAAACAUCUCUGCCUCCAAAGGUCGCCUGAUGCGCUGCGUGCGGUGUCCGGUUGCGUAUCACUCCAACGACUUCUGCCUGGCCGCCGGCUCCGUGGUGCUGGCCUCCAACAGCAUCAUCUGCCCCAACCACUUCACCGCGCGCCGCGGCUGCCGCAACCACGAGCACGUCAACGUCAGCUGGUGCUUUGUCUGCUCGGAAGGGGGCAGCCUUUUAUGCUGUGAGUCGUGCCCGGCUGCAUUUCACCGUGAGUGUCUAAACAUCGAGAUGCCAGAGGGAAGCUGGUAUUGUAAUGAUUGCAAGGCAGGCAAAAAGCCACACUACAAAGAAGUAGUCUGGGUGAAAGUUGGGCGCUACAGGUGGUGGCCAGCUGAGAUUUGCCAUCCUAGGACAAUUCCUGUCAACAUCCAGAAAAUGAAACAUGACAUUGGUGAGUUCCCUGUGCUGUUCUUUGGCUCCAAGGACUACCUGUGGACCCACCAGGCUCGUGUGUUCCCUUACAUGGAAGGCGAUGUCAGCAGCAAAGACAAGAUGGGGAAGGGCGUGGAUGGCAUAUACAAAAAAGCUCUUCAGGAAGCUGCUGUGAGAUUUGAAGAGUUGAAAGCACAGAAAGAACUGAGACAACUUCAGGAAGACAAAAAGAAUGACAAGAAACCUCCUCCCUACAAACACAUCAAGGUGAACCGGCCGGUGGGGAAGGUGCAGAUCUUCACUGCAGACCUGUCCGAGAUCCCGCGCUGCAACUGCAAACCCACGGACGAGAACCCCUGCGGCCUGGACUCGGAGUGCAUCAACCGCAUGUUGCUCUACGAGUGCCACCCCUUGGUGUGCCCUGCUGGCGAGCGCUGCCAGAACCAGUGCUUCUCCAAGCGCCAGUACCCCGAGGUGCAGAUCUUCCGCACGCUGGCACGAGGCUGGGGCUUGCAGGCCAAAACGGACAUCAGGAAGGGUGAAUUUGUUAAUGAAUAUGUUGGGGAGCUAAUUGAUGAAGAGGAGUGCCGAGCCCGAAUCCGCUAUGCUCAGGAGCACGACAUUACCAAUUUCUACAUGUUGACACUGGAUAAGGAUCGAAUCAUUGAUGCUGGGCCAAAGGGCAACUAUGCUCGGUUCAUGAACCAUUGCUGCCAGCCCAACUGUGAGACUCAGAAAUGGUGUGUGAAUGGUGACACUCGGGUCGGGCUCUUCGCACUUGUAAAUAUCAAAGCUGGGACUGAGCUAACUUUCAACUACAAUCUGGAGUGUUUGGGAAAUGGAAAGACUGUUUGUAAAUGUGGUGCACCAAACUGCAGUGGCUUCCUAGGAGUAAGGCCAAAGAGCCAGCCCAGCCUCAGCGAGGAGAAGUCCAAGAAGCUCAAGAGGCGGCCGCAGAUGAAGCGCAGGUCGCAGGCGGAGGUGAUGAAGGAGCGGGAGGACGAGUGCUUCAGCUGCGGGGACGGAGGGCAGCUGGUCUCUUGUAAGAAGUCAGGCUGCCCCAAGGUGUACCAUGCUGACUGCCUCAACCUGACCAAGAGACCUGCAGGAAAGUGGGAGUGCCCGUGGCAUCAGUGUGACGUGUGUGGUAAGGAAGCAGCUUCGUUCUGCGAGAUGUGCCCCAGGUCCUUCUGCAAGCAGCACCGGGAAGGAAUGCUCUUCAUCUCCAAGCUGGAUGGACGAUUAUGCUGCACAGAGCAUGAUCCCUGUGGGCCUCACCCUUUAGAGCCAGGAGAAAUCCGUGAGUAUGCACCUCCCAUAGAAGACCUGACUAACGGCGAGGACACCCAGCCACCAGAGCAGUUGCCUGCAGACACAGAGGCAGACACAGACCUGAGUGUUCAGCCCCAGGACAGCCUACCUCAGUCUGUGGCCCUCAGACUGCAGUCACCAGAAAAGCCCCCUGCUACCCUAGCGCUGAGGCUGCCUUCUUCAGACAAGCCCCCCACCACCCUUGCCCUGAGGUUGCAGCCAUCAAACAAGCCCCCCACCACCCUGGCCCUCAGGCUACCUUCACCAGACAAACCACCUGCCACCCUGGCUCUGAGACUGCCACCGUCAAAUAAACCCCCCGCCACCUUGUCACUGAGGCUGAAGCCAUCCAACAAACCCUCCACCACCCUCUCGCUCCGGCUUCAGCCUUCGGACAAACCUCCCACCACCCUGUCUCUCCGCCUGCAGCCAUCAGACAAGCCCCAGGCUGCCCUGUCGCUGAGGCUGCAGUCAGAGAAGCAGCCCAUCAUUGUAGCGCUGCGGCCUCAGCAGCCCGACAAACCUCCCAGCAACGCGGUGCUCUGGCCGCUGGACGAGUCCUCCAGUGACGCCUCGCAGCCGCAGCUGCCGAGCAAAUCUCCUCCGGGAUCGCCGCAGUCCCCGUUGGAUGCGUCACUUGUUAGUGCUGGUGACCUGCAGCUCCAGCUGUCAGAUGAGGCUCCUGACGCCCCCGAGGUUUUGGAGUUAUCGGACAAGUCCCUCAUUGACAGCAGGGACCAGCAGCCCGAGCUGCUGGAUGAGUUCCCCGUGAAAUGCCUGCAUCCUCCCCUGUCUGACAGACUCCUCACCACGGUGGGGAUGCUGCAGUCCCAGCCGGAGGAUGAGCCUCCUGAGGCCCAUCAGCUCCAGCCGCUGGACGAUUCCUCUGCCCAGAGUCCGCAGCCACAGGCUGUGGAAGAGGCUUCCAGCUCUGUGGUGCCAGAGGUCCCAGCAUUGGAGGUGGCUUCCAGUCCUGAGGUGCUGUGGUCUGUUUCCGUUGACAAAGUCCCAGACUCCCCAGUCUCACGGAUCCUGCCCUCAGAGAAGGCUCCUGGAUCAGCUGUACCACAAUCCUUGCCUCUAGAAAAGGCUUCCUUCUCUGGGGUAGUGUGGGUUCCAGACACAGAGAAGUCUCCCAGCUCUGGGUCACCCUGUCCUGUGCCUCCAGAGAAGGCUGCUGAUUCGGGUUUGCCUCAGAUCCUGCCCACUGAGAAGGCCCCUGGCUCCCACUCACCACAUGCCCUGCCCACAGAGAAGGGUCUCAGCUCUGGGGCCCUUCGGAUCCCGCUCACACAGAAGUCUCUCUCCCCCGGGGUGCUGCGACCCCUUCCUCCAGAGAAGGCUGCUGACUCUGGGGCCCUGCGAGUUCUUCCUUUGGAAAAGGCUCUCAGCUCUGGGGUGUCUCGGCCUCAGCUCUUGGAGAGGCCUCUUGCUCCUACAGCCCCGUGGCCUCAGGCAUCAGAUAAGCUGGCUCCUGCUGUGGCUCCUCGGCCUCAAGCCUCGGACAAGCCUCUAUCUGCAUCAGCUCCGAGGCUGUUGCUGUCAGAGAAGGCACUGCGUCCUGUCGACCAGAACGCUCAGCUGAAGGAGAGAGGAGCCCCAGCCAUGGAGCUGAGUCCCCAGCAGAAAGAGAGGACCAUGUUAGCUGGGGAGCAAAUCUCUUGGUCUGCUGGGAAGGUGGUGACACAGGUUGGACAAGUACCUUGGCCUACAGAGAAACUACAGACGCAUGAGCAAAGCCACUGGUCCACCACAAAAACCCUGACGCCUGCGGAGCAGCCUUCCCGGACAGCAGAGAAACUACCAGAGCCAACCCUUCAGCCCAGCUGGGAAGUGGCCUCAGCCCCCUCAGAGCAGACCCCGUGGACAUCAGAGAGAUUGUGUGCAUUCGAGCAGACCCCUCGGCCAGCCAGGGAAGCGCCGGUGCCCCCGGAGCAGAUGCCGUGGAUUGUCACAAACAUUCAGACAAUUGAUCAGAUUUCUUGGCUGAAUGGAAAUGUACAGACUCCUCGGGGGCAGGACCCUUUGCCUGAGCAAAACACAGCGCUAGCCCGUAACCAGGAUUCUGUCUGUCGUGAGUUGGCUGACUCAGAGCCAAAGUGAGUGAAGGCGAUGUUUAGUACCUGGUGGUCAUCGGGCUGGUGUGCAGACUAGGCCUUCUGAAAGCCGUUCACUCAAGCGUUGAGGCAGAAGUUGGCUUGGCUGUGGUGCUCGUGGGGCAGGCAGUAGAGUCCCAGGGACCUGAAGCAUCUUGUGACCACCGGCACCCUCGCAGGCAGGAGGAGGACAGACCUCCUUUGGUGGCACUGCCUGGCCUGGAUAGGGUUGGUAUCCUGCCGAGGAAACGCUGCUGACCAGCUUUUUCCCACUCUCACAACACAUUACCUCUGUAAUUACCUGAGCUCCACCAAUCUGGGGCCGCAGCCUCGGACCUCCGUGCCGCAGCCAGACCCUUGCGCAGCUCCAGUGUGCGUAUCCUUCUUCUUCUUCUCCUUCCAGGCAGAUCCACAGGCCCCUCCCAAGGAAGGGAGAGUCCAGCCCCAUGCUGACCUCCUUCCUCCAGCAUGGGAGCAGGUCCUUGUUCCCACCUGGCUUGCAAGUGCCUGCUGCUCCCAGAGCAGACAGUCAUGAGCUUUGCAGUUUUCUAUGAAGGGAGGCAGACACCUUGUACCAAGACAAAUCCUGAUCCGUUCUCCUUUCCUGAUGUGUGCACCCUGAGACAACGUCCUGCUGUAAAGGCCGGGUGUGCUGGGCACAAGGGGACAUUACCAGUGCUGUCUCUUCUCUAGUCCGAAUCAUUUCAGAUGCUUUGUAGAAUAGCUCACAACUUGGAAAAGCUUUAUGGCUUAUGGAAACUUACUUGUUUAAUGUUGUUUUUUUCCGGGAAGACUGGCAGGUCAGUUCCUGCUUGCUGCUGAAACUAGGGAAGUGCAAGCAUUUCUGCGUGACUCCUCCACAAAGGGAAUCAGGACAACUCAGAUCCAUUGAGAGAGAAGAUUACUUUAAGGGCAUUCAUUAAGGUUUUUAAACAAAAAUGAAAAAAAAAUUAUGGCGUUCAGUAUAUUAAGUAUUUAUCAUGUGUGAGAAGGAAAAUAAAUCUUGAAUUUACAUUUAUAAGCCUUCCAUGAGCUGGACUUAGUCAUGUAGAUUGUGUAAGUAGGGUUUCCUCAGUGCCAGCACCCAGCUAGCUCCCACUGUAACCAGAGAGGUCUCUGCACUGCUCUGUCCACCUCCGCUUUGCAUUGUCACGUGUUAACUAGUUACUUGUUUCAUGAAAAAAUAAACUGUGAAUAUUUUUGGUGCAGGCUUUUUUAAAUCUGUAAAAUGGAGAAGUUCUCAUUGAAUUCUCACAAGAGCAGGUUUGAAAAAAAUCACUUCUAUAGAUCGUGGGCUCACGUAGCAGGGUGAGGCUCACGGCAGCAGCCGCCUUUCAUGCCAGCAGGUGCUUACCCAAAAGCUUGUUUGGAACAGUGACUAUGGAUUAAACCUUUGCAUGGCAUUUUCCACAGCCUACUUUGUUGCAGCUACUGUACCCUGUCUCUCUUCUUGUCUCCCUUUUCCACAAGGAUCUGGGUUUUUGGCUUCUUGCCUUGCAGCUACUGUUGGAAACUUGAGUUCAGCAUAGCUUGGCAAAACUGGUGUUGAGGAACAUCACUGAAGGAGGAAGACAGGAAGCUGCUCUUCCCUCUUCACCCUUGCUGGAGCCUUGGGCGAUGAUCUGUCAGAUCAGAAGGGCUUUUCAGAGGAAGCAGUGGUAUGUUUGGGAGUCUCUGGGCUUUCCUGGGUCACGUAGACAAGGUCUGACCAGCUGUAGAGAGAAGUUCCAGCAGCCCUGCCUUUGUCCAGCCUGCCCUCAUUAGGGAGCAUGAGCUGGGGAACAGCUUCAGGCAGCAAAACCCCUGUGGAGGAAAUGUGGGCAUCUUCUGUACUCAAGGUGACUCACUGGUGGCAGCUGGCAGCACUGCCUUGGAGGAGGAGAGGGACAUGUCUGUGUUGAAGCAGUUGGGUAAGUUUGCUGCCAUUUGUUACUGCCUUCAGAAUUCAGCCAGUUUGAAUCACAGGGGAUUUCAAAAAUAAAGGGUCGAGGCAAGGUAACCCAUACCCCUGGCAGACUUUGCAGGAGAGACACUGCUGCAGCCUUGAGCUGGGCUCAGACCUGUGCAACAGCUCCAUGCCAAGGUUGUGAUGCUCUUUUGCUGUGUUGGAGGGAUCCAGUCACCUCGUCACUUAGUCCUGGGUCAGCCCUAAUUGCACCCAAGAUGGGUGAGAGGUGACUCCUGUGUUGAUUCACUGCUGUGGAGCACUGUAGAAGCAGAAUCAAGGGUGUUAUUACCUCUGUCCCUUCCCUGGUGUCCCACAACGGCUCACAGGAAUUUUCCAGACUCAUUCCUGGUAGGAGUGGCUCUCUCUUCCCAUUUCUGAAGGGGAUGCAGCCUCUGCUCCUGUGUGAACAUUUUGCUGGUCAACAUCCCUGCUGCCAGGAUAAGUGCUGCCCCUGCUCAGAGCAGUGGGCUGGGGUCAGCAGUGGGCCCGUGACCUCCACCCCACUGGAGGACCCACUUUAGUGUUGGAUUUCCACUGUGGGCAGGAGGGUCCCAGGUGCCCUUUGGUGACAGAGGAGCUCUGAUGAGGGGUAGCAGCGUGGUCAGGGCCUUGUGCCCCAUCGGGAUGAGGGUUGCAGAGGAAGAGCCACCACAGGACAUGUGGGAUUUGUGGGCAGGAGGGGAGCUUGUCCCAUCUUUCCCAGUGCCCACUGUCAGCCAGGGCUCUGGUGAAUCUAGCAGGAGGUUAUCACUGUAAGGAAUAAUCACCUAUGCACGUCUCUAAAUGCAAAUUAGCUCAUGGUAGCUUGCUUUAUUGUUGUUCUCCAAUUAAAACUUUUCCUAUUUAACAAAAAAAGCUCCGGAGGAACCAGAAUCACGUCAAUACACAAAGCAUCUGGGUGGUACUGUGGGAGCACGUGUUAAUUCAGGGUUAAACCCCUGCAGGCAGAGGCUCUGAAGGUGUGGCUGGUGUUAAAGUUUGGGAGAUAAGAGAGGCGAUUGAAUGUAAAGGACAUUAAGGAACUAAAGUGAGACGGUGCAUUUGCUAGAAAAGCUUCAGCUUAGUUUCACAGAAAAAGAAAACCGAAGAGAAAGAAAAAGCAGCUCUAACCUUGAUGCUCUUGGCAGUGUGUUAGCCCUGAGCUGCUCUGGGUGUGCCCAUCCUAUCUGGACACCACAUCCAGUGUUGUGACAGUGCAGGCACAGUUUGAGAAACUUCAGACCUUCAACACCCUCUGUUUAUUUUUAAUUUCAGCCUUAACUUCUGAUUUUGCUCGAUGUUUGGAAUAAGCAUAAUUGUAACCUGCUUGUAAUGUGCUUUGCCCUAAAUUACUGAUGAGGCUUUGGCCUUUGCUAGCCAGUGAGUGUUAAAGCAAAGUGGCAAAUUGUGCAGCUACUCUGAAAGUACAGGGGGAUGCUGUGUUUGUUCUCCCAGGCUUUGCCCGUGCUAAAUUACCCACCCUCCUGUGAUAGUGAUAACGCUGGUGGCAGCAUUUGCAGCCAAGGCUGUUCCUCCUGCAGCAGCACAGCUGGGCUGAUGGGUGCUUGGGGCUCCCUGGGCCUGGGACAUGGGACACUGGAGCUUGGGGACUGCUCUGCCACGUGCCUGGCUUCAGCAGCAGUCUCAGCUGUCGGGUUGCAGGAGAUGGGAGGAUGCAAGAUUCCUGCUCCAGGUCCUACAAAAGUGAUGUAAGCAAAGUUUGGUGCCGGGGGAACAGGACAGAUUGUGUGAGCUCGGGCUGGAGGAGCAGCAGUGAUGGACAGUCCCUACAGCACUGAAUCUACCUCCUAGGGAAAUCUGAGAAAUGGGUGUUGCUAUGGCCUAUUUCAAGGUAAAGUUUUAAUCAUGUUUGCCCUUGGCAAAGCCCUUGGGCUAUUGUGGUGCUAUUGUAAACCGUUGGCAGCUUAGCACAGUAGGGCUGGACUCACCUCCUGGCCCUCGGGCUGGGGCUUCUUGGCCAGCUGAUCCCCUCCCCGUGGAGCUGGGGCUGGAUUUCAGCACCUGUGACUGAAACAGGACAAGGAGCUACUCGGUUCCUUCAGUUUAUGGUGGCUUUGAGACUAAACCAGUGUGCCACUGAGCCCCCUGGGGAGCCCGUGGAGCCACGUGAAGCAAGCAGGCAUCCGCUACUGCAUGUUCUUCGUGUCCGUUUGGUACUGAGCUGGUUUCAGUUUUUAUUUCUUUUUCUGAUGUUUCCGAGUUGUUGACUUCAAGGAACUGGGUUUUGUGUAUUUUUUGUAGACACUGGGAACUUGUUAAAAGGAAAAGCAGCAAGCACACCGGGAGGCUCAAGGUGGAGCAUGGCUGGAGCUGAGGGUGGCCCCGGCCGGCGUGGGUGGGAGGUGAGAUGAGCUGGCAGCAGUGGGAGCAGGCAGGGAGUGGCUCUCCCUGCGAGGGGCCAUGGAAGCCUUGCUGCAGUGGCACUCCCAGCCCUGCAGAUCCGUGGUGCUGAGCUCGCUGCCCCAGCAGCCUGCUCGCCUCCAAGACAGACCAUGCUGGGCGCCAUGCCUCACUCUUGAUGUCCCUGCCACCCUCCAGCACUGUGUGCUCCUUGCUGGGUCCUGGCUGCAGCUAGCCAAGGGCCCUGGGGAGGGUGGCUGCCCACUGCACCUUCCUCCCUGCCCAGGGACAUGGGGGGCCACUCACGGCAGCAGCGAAAGUUCUGCUGGAGCCAUGAGAGAGGUUUGCUCAUGGGAAGAACCUUGGUGUGAGCAGCCCCACGCUGCCUCCCUUCCCCUCCGAGGUCUACUGCCCAUGGGGUGACAGUGAAUGGGGGUCCCCCUCAGGGUCCUGUUCUGCAGGCUCAGGCAGAGGGAAACACAUCAGGAGUCAAGGAUCCCAGCCAAGGCAGAGGCCAGCACUGGAGCACUGCAGGGGGGACAAAGGGGUGCUCAGCCCUGGACAGGAGUCGUCUGUCAGUUGUAAGAAGGAAUGUCAGAGCAGGUGAGAGUAAACUACAUAUUUCCAGCAUGUAUAUUAUUUUUAGAAGAGGGAGAGGGGAGAGUCUUGGACCAUUGAUUACUUUAAUUUUGCUCCCCUUAGACUGUUGGCUGUGUAUGUGAAACUUAUCAUGAAAAGAGGGUUGCCCUGCCCAGGUGCUCCCAGAACAUGUACUGUAAUUCUUUGUAUAUAGAAGAAAAAUUACUGUAAAGUAAAGUUUAACUUUACUCUCGA